CCAGCUACAUGGCCGCACCGUGUUCUUCAUCACAACACCAUGUCCCUGUUUCUCAAAGCACUGCCUCUCAUGGCUCUUCGUCCCAGACCCUCCUUCUUCUUUCUCUGCAGAGCAAUUCCAAGGGAACUUUCCACAACCAGAACAUUUUCUUCUGUUUCUGCUUCAAUUCAACCAUCACCAACUUCUGCUAAACCCUUCAACGAAUCUCUUCAAUGGGUUUCCAGAACUUCUUACUGCGGUGAACUGUCUUUCAACCAUGUCGGUAAACAGGUCCGCCUUUGUGGCUGGGUUGCACUUCACAGGGUCCAUGGUGGUCUCACGUUUCUCAAUCUCAGAGACCAUACUGGCAUUGUUCAGGUUACAACUCUUCCUGAUGAAUUUCCAGAUGCUCAUUCUGCUAUCAAUGACCUCAGGCUUGAGUAUGUGGUUGCCAUCGAAGGUGUAGUCAGGUCUAGGCCAAGUGACUCAGUUAAUAAGAAGAUGAAGACGGGCUUCAUCGAGGUUGCUGCAAAUACAGUUCUAGUGUUAAACUCUGUAAAUUCAAAAUUGCCCUUCUUAGUUACUACAUCAGAUGAUGCUAAAGAAUCUCCUAAAGAGGAAAUCCGAUUGAGGUAUCGAUAUCUUGAUCUAAGGAGGCUGGAAAUGCAGUCCUACAUAUUGCUGCGGCAUGAAGUGGUUAAACUCAUUCGAAGAUAUCUAGAAGACAUGCAUGGUUUUGUGGAGAUAGAAACUCCAAUACUGUCAAGAUCCACACCUGAAGGUGCCCGGGAUUAUUUAGUUCCAUCAAGAAUCCAGCCAGGAACGUUCUAUGCCUUGCCUCAAAGUCCUCAGCUAUUUAAACAAAUGCUGAUGGUAUCUGGUUUUGAUAAAUAUUAUCAAAUAGCAAGAUGUUUUCGAGAUGAAGAUUUAAGAGCUGAUAGACAACCUGAGUUCACCCAACUAGAUAUGGAAUUGGCUUUUACUCCUUUAGAGGAUAUGUUGACUCUUAAUGAAGAAUUGAUGAGAAAGGUUUUUCGUGAAGUUAAAGGCGUGGAAUUACCAAAUCCUUUUCCCAGGCUGACAUAUGCUGAAGCAAUGAAUAGAUAUGGUUCAGACCGGCCAGAUACUAGAUUUGAACUUGAGUUAAAAGAUGUAUCUGACAUUUUCUCAGGGUCUUCCUUCAAGGUUUUCUCUGAUACCUUGGAGAGUGGGGGAGUUAUUAAAGUGAUAUGUGUACCUUCUGGUGCAAAAACGUACUCAAAUUCAGCUCUUAAGAAAGGUGAUAUUUACAAUGAAGCAAUCAAAUCUGGCGCAAAGGGUUUACCUUUUCUUAAGAUCUUGGAGAAUGGGGAUAUUGAGGGAAUUGCUGCUUUAGUAUCAAGUAUGGAUCCUACAACUAGAAAGGAUUUCAUAGAGCGAUGCUCUGCAGGACCAAGUGAUCUUAUCCUAUUUGCUGUUGGUCAUCAGGCAUCUGUAAACAAAACUCUAGACCGUCUUAGAGUUUAUGUGGCACAUAAGCUAGGUUUGAUUGACCAUGGCAGACAUUCAAUUUUGUGGAUCACUGAUUUUCCAAUGUUUGAGUGGAAUGAUUUAGAGCAGAGGUUUGAGGCUCUUCAUCAUCCCUUCACUGCACCAAAUCCCGAAGACAUGAAUGACCUUGCAUCUGCUCGUGCAUUGGCUUAUGACAUGGUUUACAAUGGGGUUGAGAUUGGUGGGGGAAGUCUGAGAAUUCAUAAACGUGGCAUACAACAAAAGGUUUUGGAGAUUGUUGGCAUCUCAAUGGAGCAGGCUGAAGCGAAGUUCGGCUAUCUUCUUGAUGCGCUUGACAUGGGGGCUCCACCACAUGGAGGCAUAGCUUAUGGGGUGGACAGGUUGGUUAUGUUGUUAGCCGGGGUUCAUUCCAUCAGGGAUGUCAUUGCUUUCCCAAAAACAACAACUGCACAGUGUGCCCUUACAAGAUCACCAUCUGAGGUGGAUCCCCAGCAGCUGAAGGAUCUUUCAAUCACAAACGUAGAUUGAUAUUCAACUCUUCAUAUCUGUGGAGCUCCACACCCAUUUUUGUACCAAGCUAAGGAAUAAUUUAUGUAAUCCAGAAAGAGGAGCUUCGAUUAAAUCAGUAUCUACUUUUAAGGAGGGAUACCAUGUAAACUCACUUGGUUGUGUGUUAUUAAUCACAUUUUUUGGGCCAAACAAAAAUAUAGGAGAUUGAUUAUAUGAAGUAUAAUUGGACAUGGUUACAAUUUUCUGAUGCUAUUAUGCACCGGAGGAGAGAGUAGAGAGAGAUAGAGAGGCCUGUAUGGUGUGUUGCUGAAUGAAAAUGCUUAAACUAUCUUGUAUCAUACCAUGAAAGAAGCUCAUCAACAAGUGACUACAUCAAGUUCUCUGCA